AUGUCUAAGGCGGCGACAGUUCGCCGACAUGUCCCUCUCGAAGACGAUAUCACUGCCUCUGGAGGCCGACUCCGAACCAAAUCGAUAACCGGCAAGAGAAAGUCGCGAUCGGACGAAAAUGCACAGGGAGACGGGUACAUUGACUCUCGAUCCUCGCGAAAGAUCUUGGCUAUAGCUCAAGACCUCGUGGACGAAGACGCAGCAGAACGACGGGCCUCUAGCGCAAAUAUCACAUCUUCCAAGAAUGGAGCGUUUAACUUCGACUCGAGGUUUGCGGUAGACGACGAAGGUGAGGACGGCGGCGUAGAAGGCGAGAGUCGGUUCGAUGACGAGGAGGAAUGGAUACCGGAAGACGACGACGCAGUGGCUCCCGAGAAUGACAUGGAUCCCGAAGAGAUGGCGGUUUACAAAAGGUUUCUCCAAGACGGUGAAGAGCUGGCUGACUUUGCACCAUCACUCGCAAAUUUGACCACAAGCGACCCGUUCUCGACGGACGGCAGGCAUCGGCACCAGCAAGCAAGAACCAAUGAGGUGGCGGAAGAGGAUGAACAAGAGGAAGGUGAAAGUCAAACCACAAAUCUUGCAGACUUGAUCCUGCAACGUAUUGCUGAAAAGGAGGCAUUAGAAGCGUCUCGAGCUGCUGAUCAACCACAACCAUUCAUAGGGGGCGGCCCGAUGGAAGACGCUGUGGAGAUUCCCAUGAGAGUCGUUGAGACAUUUACAAAGGUUGGCCAGCUCCUGACACGCUACAAGUCCGGUCCACUCCCCAAGCCUUUCAAAGUUCUUCCAACGCUGCCACAAUGGCCCGAUCUUCUCUCUAUCACAAGACCUGAGAACUGGACUCCACACGCUGUCUACCGCGCAACCAAGAUUUUUAUCUCUGCCCCGGCGGCCACAGGUCAGCACUUUUGCGAAACCGUCCUUCUCGACCGUGUAAGGGACGAUAUCCAGGAGACCAAGAAACUCAACGUUCACCUCUACAAUGCCCUGAAGGCUGCUUUCUACCGACCCUCUGCAUUUUUCAAAGGGUUUUUGUUUCCGCUCGUGCAAUCGAGCUGUACGCUGCGGGAGGCGCACAUCAUCUCCUCUGUGCUGGCCAAGAUCAAGAUCCCCGUCCUCCAUUCUGCAGCCGCCCUGUUGCGGCUCUGCGAGAUUUCGGCAGAGCAGACAGCCAACGUGAACAGCGAAGCCGCUGGUGCCGCGAACAUCUUUAUCCGCGUCUUGCUAGCGAAGAAAUAUGCCCUGCCAUACAAAGUUGUGGACGGUCUCGUGUUUCAUUUUCUGCGGUUCAGAGCCUCAAAAGAACAGGAUCAAGAGGCGUUGGGGUCCAAAGAAGCCAAAUUGCCCGUGCUGUGGCAUCAAAGCCUCCUCAUCUUUGCGCAGACAUACCGGAAUGAAAUCACCGAGGAUCAACGAGAAGCGCUACUGGACCUGCUGCUGGUCAGGGGUCAUAAGGAUAUUGGGCCGGAGGUCAGACGCGAAUUGCUGGCUGGCAGAAACCGGGCGGCUGCCGAUGGACAAGGUGGUGGCGAGAUGCAGGUUGAUGCACUGGAAAAGAGGGAUGAUGGGGAUGAUACUAUGGAUAUGACCGGCUAA